CAAUAUAGUUCUCCGACCGACUGCUCCUCCAGCCAGACGACUUUUCUUCCCCAUCUCUGUUUAGGUCUCGAGGCCUGCUUCCUUCGCUGCUUUGGUCUGCGCUGCUGCUUCGAGCUGGCACAAAAGGUUUUUAUUUCCGGGUCACGGGGUAGCGUUUUGAGUGCAGCAGAGCCUCUCAACGGAAAUUCACUAUGUAACCGGCAAGCUAAGCUGCUAACUUAAAAACAGUCUGGAGUAGUAGAAACCAACAGGGUCCAGACUUUAGAAGAGCAGGAUAUUGGUGUUUGUCUAGAAUUUUACUUCGUAGUUAUACCCAUCUCAGUUAGCGUGUAGCUUGUUAAACAAUCUUGACAUGGAGGGAGAAGAUAAGCGAUUACACGGUUAUGGAGGGGACCCACCCACUGAUGCAUGAAGGUAGGGAACCACCGCUGAGGCAGCAGUCCGCUGGACUCGAAGAAGGAACGACUGUCCAAACCAGGUCCAGAAGAAGGUCGGUGAGUUCCGGAUCAGAAACGUUAGGAGGUGCCAUGGGACCACUUCUGCACUGGCUGCACGAUGUGGCAGCUGUCACUCUCCUCAAAGCCCGACGAACAUUACUUCAGGCAGCCAUCCUUUUUUGCGUCCUAGUGUUGCUGCUCUGGGUGUCCAUCUUUCUCUAUGGGAGCUUCUAUUACUCUUACAUGCCCACUGUGAGCUUCUCCACCCCUGUACAUUUCUACUACACUGCUGACUGUGAUGCCUCAGAGUCGACACUUUGCUCCUUCCCCACAGCCAACAUCUCUUUCAUGAAGAAUGACAGAGACCAGGUGAUGGCCAAUGGCCAGCCUUACCAAAUAUCUUUGGAGUUGGAGAUGCCUGAGUCGCCAGUGAAUGAACAGCUGGGUAUGUUCAUGGUAAAGAUGUCUUGUUAUACCAAGGGUGGGAAGACUGUCUCAUCAAUUGGAAGAUCUACAAUGCUGCAUUACCGCUCCAAGCUUCUGCAGACCCUGAGUACCUUAGUGUUCGCCCCUCUCCUCCUCACUGGGAUGGCUGAGCAGAAGCAGCUCAUAGAGGUGGAGCUCUUCUCAGAUUACAAGACCAAUGCUUAUCAACCCACUGUUGGUGCAGUCAUUGAGAUCCACUCGAAACAGGUUCAGAUCUACUCAUCUCAGCUCCGUAUCCAUGCUUACUUCACUGGUAUUCGGUAUGUUCUGUAUAACUUCCCCCUGAUGUCUGCAGUGAUUGGCGUGGCGACCAACUUUGCCUUCCUCAGUGUUAUUGUGCUGUUUAGCUACCUGCAGUUUAUAUGGGGUGGUCUCUGGCCUCCAGACCAAGUGAGAGUCAGGGUUAUGAUGGGAGACGACACCCGCAUCCAGCAGAGGAGAGAGGAGGUCCGAAAGCGCAUGGAGAGGGAAAACUCUCAGAAGGAACUCAAUGCUGCUAAAAUGACUGGAUCUGUGAAUGAGUCAUCUGAAUUCCAGGAGGAUGGCACAGCUGCAGAGCUGUCAAAGGAUGCCUCUGUAAUCCCAGAUUCCUUGGGGCCUGAUGUCCCAGAUAGCAAGGAAGAGGAGUCUCAUGAGUCUGAUGAGAGUUCAUCACCUCAGCUGGGUAACACAGUUCUCCGGCAGAGACCUGGACCAUGGAUGAGUCUUUGAACCCUGUCACCUCACACAGUUACAGUACCUGUAGGAUAUGCUUGUAUGUUGCAUUAUCAUUCUUUAGCAGCCUGAAUGUGAGUUGGCAGGUGGUGAUAGACUGAAGCAUACCUACUGUUACAGUUGGACUAAAUUCACAUGACAAUAAUCUAUUAACCGUGUUGCUUUAGCUGGUACACUGAUUGUUUUGGUUUGACAAGAGUUACUUUGUAACUCUUAGUUCUGCUUAUUUCUUUCUUCUGCACACAAGCCUUAACUUUGUUGUUUAAUGUUUAUUUACUGUUGCCCACAUCAGGAGGUGCUACAUUCCAGCUCUGACUUGUCCAACAGUAUUGUCUGUCAUCACAUAUUUGCAAACAACUUGACACACCCUUUUAAGUCAGUUGAACAUGCUCAUGUGUUACUCUUACAAAGCCAUUUUUUUUUAAUGUAAAUGCCCUGCAGUUGAAACAAAACUAAAAGAUAGUUUUGCAUUUUCUCAAAGGGUCUUUCAGAGAGCAAUAAGAUUUGGGAAAUUUGCUGAAGGAAAAAAAAAAAAAAAAGGCAUUUAUGGCAAAAUGUUCAAGGGGCCCAGCCUGAGGGAUAUAAGCAAGCUGAUGCUUUUUUUUUUUGGUUAAUAUUAUAAAUACAUGUUCUGUUUCAGUGUACCAUGUGACUUACCUACUGUGGCACGUUUAGUUAAAGCUUUGAUUCUUUUAUACAGUUGUGGUUCAUUCCAUAAGGUCUUUAUUAUAAAGUAUCUGUUACAGUGCAGUUUGCACUGUAACAAAGUAUUUUGUUUUCAUUGCAACAAGGACCAGAGUAUUUUAGAUGGGUAUUUUAAGUUUAUUAUAAGUUUAUUGAUAUGUUUGAAACUUUCUUUAUUUAACAUUAACAACCAUACAGAAUAAGAAAGAUUAGUAAGGUUACUGUAGAAUUUAAGCUGAUGCGGGAACUGUGUAUGGCUCAGUCUUCAUGUUUUUAACCUGCACUUCAGGGGCGCUUUGUAUCUAAGUAAGCUGAAGUAAAGGCAGUGGGCAAAUUGUGUUUACGUUGAAUUUUGAACCAAAAAUAUUUAUGUAUUUAUGUAUGUAAUAUGAUGCACUUAUAAUCUGUCAUCUUGUAUCCUCAGAAGAUAUGAAUAGGUGUCAUUAUGCAUUAAACAAUUGUCAUUGUCACCCUAAUAAAGCAGCUCUAGCUACCAACUAAA